AUGGAAACAUGGUCAGUUGAUGAAGUCUGCAUCUGGUUGGUACAGAAAAACGUAGGGGAGCAAGUUCCUAAAUUUCGUAAGGAAGAAGUGCGCGGAGCUGCUCCCUUGGCUCUUAAUGACAGGAUGAUCCAGCAGCUGGUGAAGAAGACUGGGCACCAGGCAGUGCUAAUGGAUCUGAUUACGAAAUGCAAGCAACAGACCAAAGGAUCGGUGUUUACUUGUGAAUCACCUUCCUCUCAGUCACCAGGAGCAAUGGGAGGUUUGGUGGUGGUACUCAAAGAAGAGGUGAUGGGGCUCAACCCAAACUGGAAGUUUUACUCUGUGCUCCAAGACUACUUUUUAAUACCAGAUGUGUGGGGCCCAUGCCGCGGUCGUUAUGUCCGCUGGCGCCACCAGGGACCGAGCGAUAUCAAAGACGUUCUUGCCACACGAACUCAGGAGUGUGGCCCGCUUCUCCUCAUCUGUGGUGAUAUCGUUCGCCUCGAGGUGGAACCCGAACCUCAGCAGAAUCAUUUGGCUCCUACCGAGAGCUUUGAUGAUGGAUCAGUGGACCAAAGAGUCCUCAAACAAAAAAAAAAAAACAUGAAGCAUGUUUUGGCAAGAUACAAAGCAUUGCAAUGGACAAAUUCAUAUAUUUUGCCUGAGUUUCCUUAUGAUGUCAAAUGCAUAUUAGCAGAAAGAAAAUAUCCUGACCACAGUAUGAGAAUAAAGACAAUUGAAUUCUUGCAGGCUGACAUGACAAAGUACCUUGAAGGAUCACUGUAUCCAACCGCUCAGCAGUAUAAUGAUGUUGUCAAUGGAUUCUUGAUCAAGAUGGUUGUGGCUUUAGUUUUUGAGUUUGAUGUUGAGAUGAGUGAACACAUUAAUUGGUUUAAUGAAGAAUACAUGAAAACUGAAAUAAAUUGGGUAGAAGUGGACAACAGGAUAGGUGAGACUUUAGAAAUAAGAAGACUUUUUAGAGAGUUUCAGUCUCUAGCACAUAAGGAUAUUUGUAAGAAAACAGCUGAGAUUCUGGAGAAAUAUUCAGACAACAUACUAACUUCAUACUUGAUGAAGAAUAAUCCAAUCAGUCUUGCUCUGCAAGAAUGUCUGAAACAGCGUAUGGAAGAUGACGUUCUGAAAUUUAUGAAGACAACCACCACAUGCGUACUUUUGCCAGUUGUUUUUGGAGAGGAUUCCUUUUUGUUUGCUGCUGUAAAUGAGGAGGUAAGAGUGUCGACACCAGUGCUGGAAGUAAAAUACCAGUUUAGUGUAAACAUGUGUGAGUUUUCUCUGUUUGUGGAAAAGGAGAAACUGGCCCAGCUGGAUGACUGUACAGUGGCCCUGGCUGCUCUGUUGGCUACGUAUCACGCCUUUUGCAUUCCAUUCCCUAAAUGGCUCUACAAUACACUCACCUUUUUGGAAUCCCUCAUCUUUGAAGUGAAACGCCCACAGUUACUGUUUGUAAAAUACAAAAGAACUCAAAAAUGUGAACAGCCUAACAGUUAA